GACGUUCUUGCCUGUGUAAACAGUAUCACGACGAGAUGUAAUGUCGAGGUUUAGAGACAAGUUAUAGGAUGGAACUAGGCAGACGAUGGGAGUACCGGCCGUUCGCCUUUCAGAGAAAUCCAGGAAACGUCUAGGCCUUGUUUCUGCUGUUGCCAACUUCAUUUGUGUUAUUCCGUCGUUGAUGUUGUUCGGUAUAGGAGGCUACAUAGAGGCAGCCAUCCAAGACAAAGUUGAUCUGAUUCGAGAUUACAGCGGCCAUUUUCUCCCUCCAAUGAUUAUAAGUAUUGGCUUCAUUUACUUAGUUGUAAAUCUGGCCGGCGGGAAGAUCUGCAUGGACAACGCCAAGCCGGAGAAGCGGAAAAAGAUGAGGUCGGUGUUCGCCAUCUACAUUUACGUGUCAACUGUUAUGUGCAUCUUGAUUAUUCUCACAUCCAUUUUCUGCUUCGCUCAAAUCAUCCACCUCCACAAAGCCUUCCACAACGGUAUUGCCGUCGCCAUGAAGAAAUACCGAUUUAAUCUGCGCCUGAAGGAAACCAUUGAUAGGUUGCAAAUUGAAUUCAAGUGCUGUGGAAACACGGCGUACACAGACUGGUUCUCCACACCUUGGAUUGACGAACAAUACCUGGCAUUAGAUUCCUCAGGUGUCAAAAGUCGACUGACCAGUGGUCACUACCUGAACGAUGACACUCCCUUUAGCUGUUGUAACGUGGAGGCAAUCCGGCCGUGUAUACACCAUCGAGUUCUGCAGAAACACUACAACUACGAUUCCGCGGAGGAACUGACCCUCUAUACGACCGGCUGUAGAGACGCCUUGGUCAACAUAUACGGCAGUCAGCUGCUGACCAAUGUCGGAAUUAUCAUCCUCGUCAUCGCCGUCCUACAGAUAACUGUGGUGGUAUGCGCCAGGCUCUUGCAAACCUCGGCUCUCUUGUCCAUCAAAAAGCAUAAACCCACGGGCUCCGCGGAGGGCUGGCUCAUUCCAUGGCCAAACCCAAAGCACGAUGUCUCUGACCUGGACGAUGAAGGUUUGGCAGAUGAUGGUGACACGGGGUGCACUGACAAAUCCCCAGUGUCAGAAGGGGACAUUAGCUCUUCCAAUUCGAAACAGAUGAUGUCACCCAGACCGGCAACCCUUGAGGACCAGUCCUACAGCACGCACGGUCUGGCCGGACCACCUCCGCCACCGCCGCCUCUACCUCCCUCAUUUGGGGCCGCGUUCAACCAAAGCAAUAACCACGCGAACAUGAACUUCCACAACCGCCGCCGCUUCCCUGUGGCGCCUCCUCCACCGCCUGCUUCACCACUGCCUCCCCGCCUGCCUCCACCACCUGGAGACAACAGGCGGCACUCUCUGUUGAGAACUUCAGAACGACACAGAACUUCCCCUUUAGUGCUGUUAAACCGAAGGCGGGAAAAUGUUCCGCUCAGAAGGCAAAACAGCAGGACAUUCCCCCCAAACAUCCCUUUAUACCAAAAUGGCUUCUAUAGGAACUGUUUGACUGAUAAAUGAUAAGAGUCCACCAUUUUGGAGAAAACCUUUAGAUUGUGAUGGAUAUACUGGAAUCAUGUAUCUUGUGAUCGCAUUUGUAAACAUAAAUGUAUUUUUGUCUUGUUCUUUCUUUCUGUAUAUAUUGAUUUGAUGACUGUAUUAUU